AAGUGGCAGAUCUUUCUUUAACUUCAACUAAUCAAUCCAUUACUGCCAAAUGGAAUUUAACUGAAGGUUCUAAAAAAUUUAAUGUGAGCAUUACAUCAGAUGGCAUGAAUAGCACGACUAAUGUCACUGAUCAAUUGAAUUAUACUUUCAAUGAACUGGACGCAGCAGUAAAAUACACCGUCACUGUCAUCACUCUUUCUGAGAAAUCUAAAUUAGAAAGCGAUCCUGCUGAACGAUCAGUGUAUACCACCCCAUCUGCUGUUUAUAAUCUCAAAGUAAUGAAGGUGACAAAUGAAAGCGUUGAACUGAGCUGGAAUCACUCAGGACGAUAUGAUUUCUAUUCAGUACACGUGUCAGAUGUAUCCAAACUACGUAAUACAACUGAAAGAACAAUUGUGAUAUCAGGUCUUACACCAGGGAAAAUGUAUAAUUUCACAGUUACUGCUAUAGUUAAUAGUACUACCAAAAGUGUGCCAAAGAGUGUUUCUACUUACACCAAGCCUUCACGUGUCCUGAAUCUAAAAUCAGCAGAUAAUAAUGAAAGACUCAUACAUGCUUCCUGGACAAAACCUGAUGAAACCCUUUCGGGUUACCGUGUUUGUCUUAAUGAAAACAAUACAUUUUGCAAUAAAUGCAAUGAUUUCAACGAUUGCAGUGAGUGUGUAAACUGUACUAACACAACCUCAACAGCUGCAUGGGUAAACUUUCCAGGUAAAACACCUGGCACAAAAUAUAUUCUGUGUGUGGCUGCACUAACAAACAACAACGAAACACAAGGAGAAAUGGUUCAAAUUGAUGCUUACACACGUCCAAGCAAAGUAGCAAAUCUUUCUUUAACUUCAACUUCUCAAUCUAUUAAUGUAAGCUGGGAGUUAAUUGAAGGUUAUAAAGAAUUCAAUGUGAGCAUUAAAGCAGAUGGCCGGAUUCAGACAUUCAAUGUCACUGAUCAAUCAAGUUAUUUUUUUGAUAAACUACAAGCAGCAGUAAACUACACCAUCACUGUCAUCACUCUUUCUGAGAAACCUAAACUGGAAAGUGAUCCUGUUGAACAAUCACUGCAUACUAAACCUGUUUCUCCUGUAUGGGCAACUGCUACUGUUCUCAACCACACUGCUAUAAAUGUAAUCUGGGGAGUUCCCACAGAGUUGACAGGAAACUCAACAAUUACGUAUAAGGUGACAGCUCACUCUCACAGGAAUACACCUAAUGAAAGCUGUGUAACCCAGAAUAAUUUCAUCUUUAAUAAAUUAAAACCGGGAACAAACUAUAGCUUUAAUGUCAGUGUUAUGGCUGGCAAGGAGGCGAGUGAUCCAAAGACUGCUUAUGGAAUGACAGUCCCUAAUAAGAAGAAAGUGACUUUUGUAUUGAUGUGCACCAGUGAGACAUCACUUUACUGUAGCAAGAAUACAACUCUGGCAGAAAUAAAAGAAGAGCUUGAAGAACAGUUUGGAAAUAAUUAUAAAGAUGCCUACUGGAAACUCAAAAAGAUUGACAGAAAAUGAUGAUGUCCAAUCCCUACAACAAAAACGUGGAUCACUGCCCUGCAGUCCUUAUACUACUGAUAUAAAUAACAGCAAUGCAGAAGUCACAGACUAUCAGUUUCAACUUCAUUUAGUUGCAGUUCCUCGGUUUAUCAUGUUUUUUAAAGAGUUCUUGUGUUGCAUUGCAUGAAUUAUUGGAGAUUGAUAUGUAUGUAUAUUUUCAUUAUUAAAAUUAAGCUAUAAUUAUGUCAUAUGUUUCUUUAUAGUUUUCAUCUUUAUACUCAUAUAUUUUCAUGCAUUUAUCUGCCAAAAAGGAAUUGUAUAGUAAAACAAAGUCUGGUUAAUUUAACCAUACAGCCUGACAAAUAAUGUUUCAGGAACCUUUGUGUAGGAGUAUACUGAGUUAUUUUUAUUUUUGCUGGGGUUUUUUUUACAUUUGUAGUCUUUCUAAGAUGGGUCUUGUUAGUCUUUAGCUCUCGUGUUUUAUUAUUUCUGUCAGUGUAUAUGCAUUAGUGAAAUUAUUGAUUCAUGUUUGCU